UCGGGGGUUCCCUCCUUGUUGCGGGCGACUUGGGGCAAGUGAAUGGGUUCUGUCCACCGGGCACCCCAAUAACCCAGGUACAGGGUGGUGGGGAGGGGGGUAGAGCUGCCUCCGCGCCCCACCCCGCCGAACACAAGAGCCACAGUCAAACACUAACUUUAAUUAGUUGAGGAUUUUGGGGUAUCCCGAAGAUGUACAAGUUGGACAUCCCCGUCGACCCAAAGCAGACCGCGGCCAUCGAGAGGCGACGGAACGCCGAGCAGCAGCGGCAGAGUCGGAUAUUCAACGCCAGGUACAGGACGAUCGGGGUUGAUCGACCGUUCCUGGAUCUCCAAGUGGAAGAGAAGAAGACCAGAGAGGGCAGGGAGAGACUGCGUGCCGAGGCAUUCGAUGCCGAGCGGCUCCGCUGCAACCAGACGGCACAGCGGCUGGAGGAGGAGGAGCGGAAGCUGGUGCGCCGGCUGAACGAGGAGCUGGUCGACUACCGGGCCCGUCACCAGCGGACCGAGGACUGCCGUGACUUCGACCUGUACGACCCCGAGGGGCUGAGGAAGGAGUGUCCGGCCCGGGUCAGCCAGGAUGACCCCCGCUGCGGGCCAUCGGGGAUGCAGAGGUUUGCGGGGGAGGACCCCAGCGAGGCCGCCCGCCGCAGGUUCCAGCGGCAGGAGGCCCAGAGGUGGCUGACGGCCCAGAGGCAGGAGAAGGAGCGGGCGGCGAGAGAUCAGGAGAGAGCAGAUGACCUCUUCCACAAGAAGCAGAUAGAGUUGGACCAGAGAGCGGUGGAACUCUUCAGGAUGGAGGAGGACUGUCGACGAGCCCUGGAUACAGCAACACUCAACUACAACAUGGCGCUGGCAGCAGAAAGGGCAGCGGCCAGGCAGGUGGAGCGGCGGAAGGAGGAGGAGGAGAAGCUGGCGGAGGUGGGGAGCCACGUGUACGGGGACGUCCUGACGGAGAACCCCGAGGUGGCGGUGAGCGCCCUCGGACCCCACCGGGUGGUCCCCGACCGCUGGAAGGGGAUGGGCCCCCAGCAGCUGGAGGAGAUCCGGCAGCAGCAGCGGCUCCAGGUCCAGGAGAAGAAGAAGCUGAAGAUGGAGGAGGCGCAGCAGGACGCAGAGUGGGACAGACAGCGGCUGGCGGACGCACGGGCCGCCUUGGCCAGGGAGCAGCUCGAGCAGGAGGCGGCCAGGAGGCUGAGGCAGCAGGUGGACACCUACAACAGGCAGCUGGGCUCCGAGCAGCUGGCCCACCAAGAGUACCUGGAUAAGGUUUACACAAAUGCGCCCACUGCCGAGUACUUCCUACAGUUUAACACGACCAGCCGCUAGCGUAUCCCGGGGCAGAGACAGAAGUGCCGACCUCGCAAAGAUCUGACGCUUAUGAUUCUGAUCUAAAUAAAGAGUUUACUUGAUGUUCCAGUGUUACUCUGUCCGUCUGUAUCAGUGAGGUCACUGUCGGUGUACCGUCUGUAUCAGUGAGGCCCUUCAGCCCACUUUCUGUAUGCUGACCCAGAUGCCCACCCCUGCUAAUGAUGUCCUGAUGCAGCGUUUCCACCUGAGAUGUCGAAGAUUCCUUCCCCUCCCCUCCCCACCACAGAUGCUGCUCGACCCACUGAGUUCCUCCAGCAGAUGGAUCAUUGGUGGCUUUAGAUUCCAGCGUCCGCGUCCCUGAGCUGGUCCCAAUUGCCCGCGUUCUGCCUGCAUCCCUCUCAACCUUCCCCGUCCAAACGUCUCGUAAACGUCGUCAUUGUACCCGCCUCCUCCGCCAGCUCGUCCCACACACCCACCACCCUCUGUGUGCGGAGAAUCCUGGCCCCCAGGUCCCCUUUACGUCUUUCCCCUCAAACCUUCGACCUUUACUGUUAGACUCCCUGACCCUGGGGGACAAAGUUUGAGACCGUCCAUCUUCGCUACGCUGCUCAUGAUGUUGUAAACCUCCAUAAGGUCACCCCUCAGCCUCAUUCACUCCAGGGGAAAACAGUCCCAGCCUGUCCCGCCUCUCCUUAUAACUGGAGCCCUCCAGUCCCGGGAACGUCCUGGUGAAUCUUUCCCGGCUUAGUGACGUCCUUCCCACGGCUGGGCGACCGGAACGGCGCACAACACUCCAAGUGCUGAGGGAGGGAUUGCGAAGGCUGACAUUACGCCGACCUUUAUGUUGAGGUGCCGGGGGUGAGGCUGUACUCUUAGAUGAUAACGAGGGAGAACUGUAAACACUCGUGGGCCCGACAUCCAAGGUGUGGUGACCUUGGAGGGGACUCGGUGUAGAUUUAUCAGAGUUCAAGGUUUAUAUCAUUAUGGGACAGGAAUAGUACACCACCCCUCCUCUGAAUCAAUAAAGUUGUGGAGCAGAGGGUCCGAGGGGUACAGGGCUCCCUGAAAGUGGGGUCACAAGUAGACCGGGCAGUGAAGAAGAUGUUCGGCACGCUGGCCUUCAUCGGUACAGGAGAUGGGAGACGAGAGGUAAUGUUGCAGCUGUAUAGGACCCUGGUCAGACCCCACUUGGAGUACUGUGCUCAGUUCUGGUCACCUCACUACAGGAAGGAUGUGGAAGCCAUAGAGAGGGUGCAGAGGAGAUUUACAAGGAUGCUGCCUGGAUUGGAGAGCAUGUCUUAUGAGGAUAGGUUGAGCGAGCUGGGGCUUUUCUCUUUGGAGCGACGGAGGAUGAGGGGGGACCUGACAGAGGUGUAUAAGAUGAUGAGAGGCAUUGAUCGUGUGGAU